CUCCCAAAGACCAAACCCCAAUCAUUUAUCUCAAGUCUUACCCAUCUCCCUGCUUCUCCCUGGCUCUCGCUCGCUCUAUCUGACAAAAUAUUCAUCGGACUAGGACAAACUCUGCAGUGACACGACCGACUGGGCUUGGUAUGACUCGGCGGUGCUCGCACUGCAGCAACAACGGCCACAAUUCGCGCACGUGUCCGAACCGCGGUGGAGGAGGAUGCGUGAAGCUCUUCGGCGUGAAGCUAACCGAUGGCUCGAUCAUCAAGAAAAGCGCGAGCAUGGGGAACCUCUCGGCUCACUAUCAUUCCUCCUCUUCCGCCGCCGCUUCCCCCAAUCACCUGGACUCCCCCUCCUCCGACCUCGUCCACGUGUCGGAUGGAUACUUGUCCGACGAUCCGGCCCACGCCUCCUGCUCUGCCAACCGACGUGGCGACCGAAAGAAAGGUGUCCCAUGGACAGAAGAGGAACAUCGACAGUUCUUAAUUGGUCUUAAUAAAUUGGGGAAAGGCGACUGGCGUGGGAUAGCCCGGAAUUUUGUCAUAUCGAGGACUCCAACACAAGUGGCAAGUCAUGCACAGAAGUACUUUAUCCGGCAAACUAAUGCUAACCGAAAAAAGAGACGUUCCAGCCUUUUCGACAUGGUCCCAGAUAUGGCCACAGAGACACCGCCUGUGCCAGAGGACCAAAUAUUGCUACCUUCUGCUCAGACUAGAGAAACUGAUACAACAAUGUCAUUACCUUCCUUAAAUCUCACCCUCAACUCAGAAUUUCAACCUAUGGAAGCCACACCUGAAGAAAAAGUUCAAGAACAUGAUGUAAGUGUUGAGGGAUCAAGUGGACUGGCACCUAUGAUUCCUGGAUUCUUCCCUGCUUAUUUACCUCUCCAUUUUCCAAUUUGGCCACCGAAUACGGCUCCUGUGGAAGAAGAGAAGGGUGGAGAGACGUCCCAUCAUCAGGUCUUGAAACCAACUCCAAUCCUCCCCAAGGAACCUGUCAAUGUAGAUGAACUUGUUGGCAUGUCUCAACUCAGUCUCGUUGAGGCUGAGGGAAGCCAUAGAGAGCCUUCGCCCUCUCUUUAAAAUUGAUAGGAGGGCCCUCAAGGCAAUCAGCGUUUCAUGCAAAUGCUCCUGUCAGCGGAUCUGACUUAAACAAGGGUGACAGUAGUGUAAUUGAAUCCGUUUGAAACGGGGGGUAAAGUGAAGCAUAUCAAGAUCUUUUUUCCUUCCUUUCUCAAUCUUGCACAAUCAUGUUUUCACCGAGUCAUGUUUAUUUCCUAUGUUGUAUGAUGUAUUUCGGUGUUUAUAACGUAGGUUAGAUCAAUUUCGUAGGAAAUAUUUAUUCUUUCUAACUGUAAACAGCUAGCAGUUGAAAUAAUCGAAUCAAAUGGGCAGCAUUUUUAGUUUUGUA